AUGAAUUCUAAUUGCAAAAAAUGUAAUGAAAAAGUUCAGGAUGGUGCCCAGUGUUCGAGGUGUAAAUUGGUAUACCAUUAUUACUGCGUCGCCCUAUCUGAAGUGGGCUGGCGAAGGCUUGGUUCUGAAAGAAAAGCAUCUUGGCUAUGCCCGAACUGCAAAUCUAACGCACAACUGAAUUCUCCCAGGAACACAACGCAGUGUAAACCAAUUGAAGAGACUAAGGCCGAAUCGACAUCACUUGAAAACAUUGAAGCAAUGUUGGCAUCGCUAUCUGGUCUACCGGUUCUCGUGGAGAAACUUCGUAAUGAGGUUAGUGAAUUGAAUGCCAGAUUUAGCAGUCAGGUAAUUGAGGAGCUGAAUACCAGACUGGACGAUAUAGAAGCAAAACUAUCUUCAGUGGAAUCCUUAAAAAUUGAACAAAAUAAGUUAAUUACUAAAUUGAAUACCCAUGAAGACCGUUUCAUUAAACUAGACAAGGAUUUGAAACAACAAAUUGAGGAAACGACGGACCUCCAUAAAAAAAUGAAGCUUCUAGAAAGAGAAUACAAUAGAUCACAACAGUUUCCUGAACGUUGA